AUGUCAAAUGAUAAUAAUUUUCUGAUUGAAAGUGAUGAAGAAGAAGAAGUAGAUGAUAAUGAUAUAUUUUAACAAUAAUCUCCAUAAGUUAGAACAUCUUUUACAAAUCCAUUAUAGUUUAGAAUAAAUUAGCAUUUUAAGAGUGAAAUAAAUGAUGAUGAAGAACACUAAAUUAUUUUGACAAGAUCAUAAAAUUAUUGUGGAGAUGUAAGCGCACAUAGUUGUAAUAGUGAAGAUUUAAAAGGAAUAACUCAUACAAAUAAUUCUUCAGAUGAUGAAUAAGAAGCCACUAGAGUAACAUAAACGUUUAAUAAUCCUUUACAUAAAAUUAAAGAAGUAGUUGACGAGAGUUAUGAAAUAAACAUAAAUAAUUCAGAUGAAGAAAUAAUAGUGAAUGAAUUUGCUAAAGCUCAUGAUUUAGUCAUUAAAAAUUGUUCAAUCAAGAUGGUAAAUAAAUAUUAUUAUAUUAUUAGAUAUAUAUCUUUAUAAAUAUAUAAUUCAUUCAUACAAAGAGGUUAGCAUUUCAAAUUUUAUAAACUAAAUUGGUAUAAGAUAAAUAAAAUAAGUUAUCAUAAAGAAAGUAGAUAGCUAUUCAUCUUACUAAAUGGAUAAUUAAUCAUAGAGAGAAAAAGAUUAAAGCCAACUAUGUGAAGAAAUGGAAAUUAUAGAAUGCAAAAANUAAAUAGGAAAAAUUUAAUUUUAAGGUAUUUAAGUGUUAUUAAAAAUAAUGA